AUGUCUUCACCUCAAAACUUCCGCGAGCCGUUCACGAUCGAUGUUGUGAUCCGUGCACUGGACAAGGUGCCGUUCAGCCCUCCUUUCCUGGUGAUCCUUCCUGUCCUUGCGCUCUUCCUCGACCGCCGCGGAGAGUCCGUGCAGGAUGUGAUUAGCAAUCUCCCCACGUUCGCUGCCUGGAAGGAGCUCCUGUUUGACCGCUACAAGUGGUUCGGCCGUGCAAUGAUCUUUAUUGCGCUCAAGAUGCUCUCGCGCUGUCUCUCGCGCCGCGCCGCGAACAACGGCGUGCCGAAGGCCGACCCCCCGAACUGGAAGAAGGACGUGCUGGUCAUCACCGGCGGCUCUGCCGGUAUCGGCAAGGACAUUGUCGAGUUGCUCUCGCGCCGUUACCAGGCGCGCAUUGCCGUCCUCGACAUUGCUACGCCGACCUAUGUGGCCGCCACGAACGGUGCGCCCCCGAUCCUCUGGAUCAAGACGGACGUGACAAAGCGCGAGGCGAUUGCGGCUGCGAACAAGAAGAUCAUCGAGACGUUUGGCGAGCCGCCGUCGUUUGUGGUCUCGUGCGCCGGCAUUGCGAUUGGCGGACCCGUACUCUCUGUUUCGCCCGAGUCGGUGCUCAAGACGAUGCAGAUCAAUGCCAUCGCCAACAUUCACAUGGCGCAAGAGUUUGUGCCGCAUAUGGUCCAGCAGAACCACGGCCACUACGUUACCGUCGCCAGCUCGGCCUCGUACUACACCCCCCCUAUGCUUUCGAGCUACUGCAUGAGCAAGGCCGCCGCGCUCGCUUUCCAUGAGGAGCUCCGUACGGAGCUGCGCGUUCUUUACAAGGCCCCCCGCGUGCGCACGUCGAUCGUUACACCUACCAAGGUGCGCACGCUCCUUGGCCAUGCCCUGAAGGAUACCGACAAUGCGUUCAUUAGCCCUACGCUCGAGCCGGUCCAGGUCGCCGAGGCCGUGGUCGGCGCGGUGAACAGUGGUCUUUCGCAGGCGAUUUCGCAGCCUCUGAUGACCAAGCUGCUGCCGUUUGUGCGUGCCAUGCCCGACUGGUACCGCAAGCUGAUCGAGAUUGUCGGCAAGACCGACAGCGCAGUUACCGCCGACUCGAUCCGCGAGGGUCUGCGUGCUGGCUACGGCAAGAACUGGUCCGAGGACGACUUCAAGUCGAUUCUUGGCGAGAUGGACUCGAACUACAACAAGUCGCAGUAA